GGGUGGGUUCCUCUUCGGCGCGUAUUCCACUGUCGAGAAACUCACGAACGGAGCCCUCAUCCUAUCCAUCCAGGCUUGGAAGCAAACGUCCUGCCCGCCCACGUCGCUUCCCACUGCCGCCUCUUCUUCCUGCGGGCUCCUCCUCCGGCGAGUCCUUGUCUUCCUCCCCCCGACCGCCGUCCUGGUCGCCAUCGCCGCCUGCUACGCCCUCGCCCCGUCGUCUUCCGGCCUUGAAGAUGCUCCACACCGCGACCGUGCCGGGCCCUACAAGUACAUCCGGGUCAAGAGUCGUGUGGGGGGGGACGUGAACAUCGACAUUCUUUUCUUCCAAUUCUCACAAGUGUGGUCGUGCAUGUGUCUUUUGUACACCUUUUCCACAUGA